ACUAUCGUUGCCCCUCGCCCCGGGUCCGUCAAAAGUGGAUCCGGGACGAAUCCUCUCAGCAACGCAUCCCAAUAGCAGCAAAGGGGAAGAGGUCCGUGGCCAUUUUGGCUCGAGCCAUUCUGGUCAAGGCACAAGGGCUAACCAGUGGGCGACGCGUGCCUGCGGGCUGGCCACCGCUCUUACAGCAUAUGCCCGUGCUCAUGGCGAUGUUUCAAGAUGGCGAUGCUGCCUUCGCCGACCCGAUCAAGGGCAAGACGGCGCGCCCCAGCUCCCCCGGAGAGAGCUCGCUCCCCACGCGGUGCCCGUCGUCGGAGCUGCUGAUCUGCGAUCGGUGCGAUGACGACCACGGCCACGACACCACCGUUCCGCAGAAGGGCGGCGACGAGCCGGUGCUCCUCGAGCAGGUGCUCCUCGAGCCAGUCAUGUACCCCCCCAGGAGGUGGCCCGCGAUGGCCGCGCAGAAGGAGGCCCCCCUCCGGCGCCUCCGGUCCGAGGCGUACUGGGAGCAGCAGGCCGCGCUCGGCCAGCGGCCGAGGGGCACGCCCUGGGGGGCGGGCGUCGGGCAGCGCAGCGCGUGCUUCGAGGAGGGCCUCCCCGGCGCGGCAGCGGCCGCGGUGCCCGCGCCGGAGGCUGCCGAGGGCGGCGGCGAGGGCGCCGCCGAGGGCUGCGCGGCCGAGGGCGCCGCGUGCUGGGCGGGCGCCAUCUCCCGGGCGCUGCGCCGCGGGGUGCGCGGGCCGGCGCAGGGGCCCCGGGCGCCCGCGGCCGCCGCCCCGCCGUCGCGUGGCCGCGCGUGCAGAUUUGCCCGAGGCCGCCACGCAGGUGAGAUGAUCGCCGUGCCGUGACGAGAACCUGGUCGUGGACCGAGCGACCACGGUAACGAGGCUAUGAGCUACUUUAUUAUGGUCAGCUGCUGACCUCGCGCGUCCCCACGCGUCAAUACGCGUCAAAACGCUCAGUUGGCAUACACAUGGUUCAUGUUUAAUUCUUCGAAACCGAACCCCGGACGAAAAUCAGGGGCCGAGUUGCUGCUGUGAUACAACAUCGGCCUCGACUGACCCGACGUGUCCCCACACGCGUCAAUACAGUUGGCAAUUGUUUAACGACUGAUCCCCAGACGCGUCAAUACGCGACCGACCGUUGAUCGUUGAUCACAGUCUUACGCCACAUCCGUUGAUUGCUUGGGGUCGGCGGAUUUGAAGCGCAGAGGCCCUUCACGUACACCAUCCGCUACCACAUCGCUGCUUGCCAUGGCCCCAAGGAGCUUUUUCCGCGGUGACAAUGCCAUGCGCUUGUCCAAGCAAGUCGCCAUGGGGCACAACGUCGGUCUUCUAGUCGUAUGAUUAUGGGGCGUUCGGAGCGGCAGCCUCAUGAUGACCCUUUAUGCGGAACCGGGUAGCCUCCGGCGGCCUACCUCCCUGCCCGCAGCGGCAUCGGGGACAGCGGCGGAUCCCGGCAGGGAUCGAGGUAGGGCGCCCUUUCUCGCGGACCACCGCUCCAGUGGCCAAGCUGUGUCAAACCGGCUCGAGCCGAGCUGGCAGCAGCAGGCGAGAGGGGGGAAUGAAAGAGAGAGA